GGGCAGCCUGCGGCUCCGCCCCCGGCGCGGCCUGUGAGCCGCGGAGCAAGGCUUUGCCUCACUUGCUCGCAGCUGCAGGCGGGCAGCAGCUAGAAGCGGUCGUGCGGCAGGAUGAGUGCAAGCUCUGAUCCCGUGGUCAUCGUCUCGGCGGCGCGGACCGCCAUAGGUUCCUUCAAUGGUGCUUUAGCCGCUGUCCCUGUCCGUGACCUGGGCUCAGCUGUCAUCAAAGAAGUCCUGAAGAGGGCCGCUGUGGCUCCCGAAGAGGUGUCGGAGGUCAUAUUCGGACACGUUUUGGCGGCAGGUUGUGGGCAGAAUCCGGUUCGACAAGCCAGUAUGGGUGCAGGGAUCCCUUACUCUGUUCCCGCAUGGAGCUGCCAAAUGGUCUGUGGGUCAGGCCUCAAAGCCGUGUGCCUUGCAGCACAGUCCAUAGGGAUAGGAGACUCCAACAUUGUGGUUGCAGGAGGCAUGGAAAGUAUGAGCAAGGCUCCUCACUUGAUUCAUUUGAGGACAGGAGUCAAGAUGGGGGAAAUGCCACUGACGGACAGCAUCCUCUGUGACGGCCUUACCGAUGCAUUCCACAACUAUCACAUGGGCAUGACAGCUGAAAAUGUAGCCAAAAAAUGGCAAGUGAGCAGAGAAGAUCAGGACAAGUAUGCAGUUCUGUCCCAGAACAGGACAGAGAGUGCACAGAAAGCUGGCUAUUUUGACAAAGAGAUUAUACCAGUUUUUGUAUCUUCUAGAAAAGGUCUCACUGAAGUGAAAACAGAUGAGUUUCCACGCCAUGGGAGCAACAUAGAAGGCAUAUCUAAGUUAAAGCCAUACUUUCUUACAGAUGGAACAGGAACAGUCACCCCAGCUAAUGCUUCAGGAAUAAAUGAUGGUGCUGCCGCUGUGUUGCUAAUGAAGAAGUCGGAGGCCACUCAUCGAGGGCUCACACCGUUAGCACAGAUUGUUUCCUGGUCACAAGUAGGCGUGGAGCCUUCCAUUAUGGGGACAGGACCGAUUCCAGCGAUAAAGCAAGCUGUUGCAAAAGCAGGCUGGUCCCUGGAGGAUGUGGAUGUAUUUGAGAUCAACGAAGCUUUUGCUGCCCUCUCUGUGGCAGUAACUAAAGAACUUGGAUUAAACCCAGAGAAGGUCAACAUUCAAGGAGGGGCUAUAGCCUUGGGCCAUCCUCUUGGAGCAUCCGGCUGUCGGAUUCUUGUUACCCUGUUACACACCAUGGAACGGAAGGGUGGACACCGUGGUGUUGCUGCCUUGUGCAUUGGGGGUGGGAUGGGCAUAGCAAUGUGUGUUCAGAGGGGAUGAAUCCCUAACAAUUAAUCAUGCCUAAACACAACUGGAACUUAACCUCCUUUUAAACUAGUAUGGUACUAAAUUAUAGUAUGUGAGAUUAUAGGACCAACCAAAGUGAGGAUGGAAACCAUCUUUCAUAAGAACCCAAGGCUUGACAGUUUACUUUUUUUAAUGUGUAAUACUCAACAAGAGAAUUGCAUCCAACAUUGUUAUAAAUAAAGGAUAAAGCAAAUCAGUCA